AUGGAUGUGCUGAACUUUCAUAAGUUAAAGGGGAAACCGAUGAGGAUAAUGUUUUCAGAACGUGAUCCUAGCAAGAGGAGGAGCGGUCGAGGCAACGUGUUCGUCAAGAAUCUACACGAAUCUGUCGACAGCAAGCAACUUUGCGACAUGUUCUCUACAUUUGGAAAAGUUCUAUCUAGCAAAGUGGUUUGUGAUGCUUCUGGAGUUUCCAAAGGAUACGGGUUCGUCCAGUUCUACUCGGAGCUUUCAGUCCAUAUCGCAUGCAAUGUUAGCAAUCGCAAACUCGUGCGUAAUCAACAUAUAUACGUUUGUCCAUUCGUUAGUCGUCGUCAAUGGGAUGAAUCGCCGGUUUUCACUAAUGUGUAUGUUAAAAACUUGGCUGAGACUGCGACGGAUGCUGAUUUAAAGAUGCUUUUUGGGGAGUUUGGGGAGAUAACUAGUGCAGUGGUGAUGAAAGACGGAGAAGGUAGGUCUAGAAGGUUUGGGUUUGUGAACUUUGACAAUGCUGAGGACGCGGUUAGUGCGAUAGAGAAGAUGAACGGGACAAUAGUCGAUGAGAAAACCUUGUAUGUAGGGAGGGCUCAGAGGAAAAAUAAUAGAGUUGAGGAUUUGAAAGCCAAAUUCAAAGUAGAGAAAACAGAACGGGAUGUGAGAACAAGUAGAGGGUUGAAUCUUUAUGUGAAGAAUCUUGAGGAUUCUGUUGAUAACAAAAAGCUUCAAGAAUUAUUCUCCGAGUUUGGAACCAUCACUUCCUGCAAGGUCAUGGUACAUUCCAAUCGUAUGAGCAAAGGUGUUGGAUUUGUUGAGUUCUCAACGACCGAGGAAGCUUCUGAAGCUAUGCUCAAGAUGGAUGGGAAGAUGGUGGGAAACCAACCUAUCUAUGUUUCUUUGGCACAAUGUAAAGAGGAACGUAGGUUUCAUGAUUUACAAACUCGAUUUAAUAACCUCCCGCAAAACGUUGUUUCGUCAUCAACUACAACAUCAAGUCCUCACCAACAUCCUUUCUUUAGUCAAGCCGCCGCUCCCGCAACAAUGUUAUUUCCGCAACCUCCAGGCAGAGGAUACAACAAUUUCCAACCGUAUUUCAUGUGUGGAUCAAGACUGCCAAACAGUUGCCCUCCAAUACCUAUCCCUAAUUUCAUGGUGCCACAACUAUUUCGUCCAACACUAUACCCAUGUCCUCCUGUCAGCUUCCACCCUAGUUUGCCACAACCACUACUACAACCGAAGCUAUUAAACCCACCCUGUAACAAUUUAGUAGCUGAUGGGAAUUAA